AUGUUUCCCAAUAAUCCAUGGACAAAACAUCCCAAUAUCGCAAAAAUCAUCCAUUACACCGUACCUUCAAUAAGUGCCGAAAGUGUUGUGGUGGAUGAUAAUACGACCGAUGCAUCAGCCCCACAUGUUCCAAGAGCCGAUCGGGACCGUCUAUUUGCAAAUCGCUCCUUGCUUGUUCUCGUCUGGUUUAUGGCAGAGUUUUUGGGGGCUUCGUCGGGAAUCACUGUUGGGUGGAUUGUUGGCAGCUUUGACUUUGGUGUCGAUGAGAUAAUAGUAGGGGUAAGUGAGAGAGCUGACUGUCCUAUGUGA